CAUUUUCGUUUUCUUUCUUUCAGUCUGCGAGUAUGGAGGUGUUUGGGACGCUUGGGACGCUGGUUCUGGCAGCGAUCGUCUUGUUUUUUUUCCUGCUGUUAUUUCGAAAGGACUCAUCUCGCUAUUCCAAGAUGCCGCCAGGUCCGACUCCGCUGCCUUUUGUUGGUAACAUGCUACAGCUGAACCCCCGGGUACUCCACGAGAGGAUAAUGAAGUUGCAGGAGACGUAUGGACCUGUGAUGACGGUGUACUUGAGCUGGAAGCCCGUCGUGUUUCUUCUUGGGUUCCAGGCGGUCCAAGAGGCGCUGGUGGAACAGGCUGACGUGUUUGCUGGGAGACAUGUGUCACAGCUGAUCAUGAAACUCACCGGUGACUAUGGUUUGGUGCAAAGUACCGGAGAGCGUUGGAAACAACUGCGCCGCUUCUCUAUCACUACUCUGCGAGAUUAUGGAAUGGGAAAGCGCACCAUUGAGGAGUGGAUCCAAGAGGAAGCUAGGCACCUGACAGAGGAAUUCAGAAAAACCAAAGGUGCUCCAUGUGAUCCCAACAUCUUUUUGAGUCAGGCCGUGUCUAAUGUCAUCUGCUCCAUUGUGUUUGGUCAGAGGUUUGAUUACCAAGAUGAAGACUUUGCUAAGCUCUUAUGUCUGAUUGAUGCAAAUAUGCGUUUGAUCAGCAGCCCCGUUGCCAUGCUUUAUUCAGUGUUUCCAAUACUCAUGAAGUUAUUUCCUGGAUAUCUCAACAAGAUGAUAAGGAACGUGAAUGAGAUGAAACAAUUUACCUUAUCCAUGAUUGAAAAGCACAAAGCAACACUGGUUAGCGACAGCCCCCGGGAUUUCAUAGACAGCUUUCUCAUCAAAAUGAAAGAGGAAAGUGACAAUCCAUCCACCGAGUUUAACUUUGAGAAUUUACAUAUCUCAGUUUUAAAUCUGUUUACGGCGGGAACUGAGACCACCAGCACCACGAUGCGAUAUGGACUGCUGAUCUUCAUUAAAUACCCUCACAUUCAGGAAAAUAUUCAAAAGGAGAUUGACACAGUGAUUGGUCGAGACCGGGCUCCUGCCAUGCAGGAUCGGAGGAAGAUGCCCUACACUGAUGCUGUAGUCCAUGAAAUCCAAAGGUUCAUUGAUCUCAUUCCUUUAAAUGUGCUUCACAAGACAACAAAGGACACCACCCUCAGGGGCUACUUCAUCCCAGCAGGUACAAUAAUAGCCCCUAUGCUUCAUUCCGUAUUGUAUGACAAGACAAAGUGGGCAACCCCUCAUUCCUUCAACCCCAAUCACUUCCUAGAUGAAAAUGGCUGCUUCAAAAUGAAUCCAGCUUUCAUGCCCUUUUCCACAGGAAAGCGCCUCUGUGUAGGUGAAGGUCUGGCCAAGAUGGAGCUCUUCUUGUUUUUCACCACCCUCCUGCAGAACUUCUCAUUUCGCUCCACUGAGGAUCCUGCUAAUAUCACCCUAUUACCAGAUUCCACAUCAUUUUUUAGAAGACCCCAGCCAUAUACGUUUAUGGCCAUGCCACGAUAGGAAAUACAUUUUAACCUAGAGUUACCCAAAUUCAAGAAGAGAUUAAACAUAUAAACUAUGCUUAAAUAAUGAUUUCAGCUCUUUUAAAUUUCAAUAUUAGAAAUACACACAAUGAGCAAAUCAUUAGAUCCACUAUUCUAAUCCUGAGUAAGGCCUCUGUUUGCUGUUAAUUUAGCCUCAAUUAUUUGUGGCGUGGAUUCCACAAGAUUUUGGAAACAUUCCUAUGAGACUCUGUUCUAUGUUUUUAUAUUUGCAUUAUGCAUUUUUUGCAGGUUUGUCUGCUAUAAAUUCAUGCUGUGAAUCUCCUGUUCGACCACACAGAGGUGGAUUCAGGUAUGGACAACAUGGGGUGCCCACACCAAAAAAUUCACAAUGGUGAUUACAGCCUGAACUCAUAGUUCGAUUAGUGGUGCCAUUUAUGAAUGUUAAGGGGUGCACAUUCUGUAACUUCUGCAGUAUGUACUCACAGAGGGCCGCCAUUUAAGGAAUCUGGACACUGACAGGAAAACCUCCAUACCCAUGUUUGGUUCUAAAUAGGCUACAACCAGCACUGCUGUUACAUCCCAAAACUAUUCUGUUAUUUUCAGAUCUGGUGACUGGAAAGAUCACUGAAGAAAACUGAAUUCAUGGUUAUGUUCAUGAAACAAAUUAGAUGAUGACUUUUGCUAUGUAACAUGGCACAUUAUCAUGCUGGAAGUAGCCAUUAGAAAAUGAGAAAAAAGUCGCCAUGAAGGGAUGCACAUUGUUGGCAACAACACUCAAAUAAGCCAUGUGACGGCACUGUGCUUUCAUUCAAGCUAUGAUUUACUGGUACUAAUAGGUCCAACGUGUUCCAUCAAAAUAUUUCUCACACCAUUAAACCACCACCACCAGCCUGGACUGUUGACGUAAAGCAGGUUGCAUGCAUGGAUUUAUAUUGAAGGCACUAAACUCUAACUCUUCCAUCUGUGUACCUGAUCGAAAAUUAAGAUUCAGACCAGGCUGUGAGUUGUCAGUCACUAGAUGUUUUAUAGCACCAGUUUUAGUAGACUGUUGUGCAUGAAAAUCCCAGGAGAUCAACAGAUACACAAACCAGCCCAUCUGGCACCAAUAAUCAUGUCUUAGCACUUUAAAAUUUCAAUGCGCUGCUGCUGUGAUAGUUCCUUCAGUUCAGUGGCACCUAAGUGGGGUAUAUUUGGUCAUUUAAGGAGUAUUUUUAGUGACAGCAUUACUAGCUUUUUGUAUUACUGUAAAGUAGCCCCAGCGGUUGGUAGUGCUGCCUCAUGUCCCCAGUAACCUAGGUUUGAUUCCAAGACAAACCAUUGUGGGUGUGGAAUUUGCAUGUUUUCCUCCUGUCUCCAUAUAUUUCCUUUGAAAUCACCAGGUUUUAAAUUUUACUUUUUUUAGCAAUACCUACUUGAGAAUCAGUGGCACAUUGUCUUGGUGAUUUACAGUUUUUAGGUAUCAAAGCUACUUUUACUUCCAGAGUUUAAUGAAGGUGUUUAGAGCAGACUUUUGUGUUUAAAUGAUAACAAACCUUAGAUACUAACUUGCCUUGGCACAAAUUGUAUGCAGUGUGUAUCCCCAGAAUUGCUAUUGGCAUUUAAUAAAAUGCCUUUUAUUAAAGCAGAAUUAAGCACUGACACUAGCAUGUGACCCCAAAGAAUUUCCAUUAUUGUCACCUACCAGUUCAACUCAAAAACAGAGAACUUGGUAACUCUUUACUUUAUUAAUAAAUCAUUAAAAAAUUUAAUACUUAAA